UGUCUGUGUAGAUCCAACAUGGCGUCAGUUUCAUCAGAAGCAGGAGUAGAUGUUCAGUCAAUCAGAGCAGUCGGCUAAAAUCAUGGCGUCCGCCAGCACGGGAGGCAGAGUGUCCUGCGGGAGAGACUUGAACUGUGUGCCGGAGGUAGCAGACACGUUGGCCGCGGUCGCUAAACUCGGGUAUGACUUCCUCUGCAUGCCCCUGUUCCACUCGAGGUUCAGGAGAGAGUUUGAGUUGGAGCCCGCUAAAACCAGAUCUGGUGCUCUGACCCGAUCAGACCUGCUGCUGUGUGGAAGAGAUUGGAAUACUCUCAUCGUUGGUAAGCUCUCUUCAUGGAUCCAGGCAGAUUCAAAGGUCGAGGUAGAACGCAGAAACUCAGAGGCGGCUCUGGCACAGGAGCUCAACUUUUCAGCCUACCUGGGUCUGCCUGUCUUCAUGAUCCCUGUAACGGGCCCUCAUAAUGCUAAUCUGGCCCGCCUGCUGAUAAACCAUAUCCACACUGGACAUCACACCUCAAAUUUCUGGAUUCGUGUCCCGCUGAUGGAUCCAGAGGACAUCCGUGAGGAUCUGAUUGAGAACGAACCAAGCACUUGCAUUGAUGAUAUAAGUGUUGAUGAGAAGACCUGGGGCUGGUGGCACUCGUUUAGAACCCUUUGUGAUUACAACAAGAGGAUCUGUCUUGCUAUUGAAGUGGGAGCAGACAUGCCAUCAGACGCAGUGAUCGAUAAGUGGCUCGGGGAACCAAUCAAAGCAGCAAUACUUCCCACCAGCAUCUUCCUCACCAACAAGAAGGGCUUUCCUGUGUUGUCAAAAGCCCAUCAGAGAAUUAUCUUCUCUCUCUUCAAGUUGGAGGCCCAGUUCAUCUUCACAGGAACCAGUCGCCACACUGAGAAGGACUUCAGAUCCUACCUGCAGUACCUGGAAUACCUCAACCAGAACCGGCCUGCGCCCAACGCCUAUGAGCUCUUUGCUAAAGGUUAUGAAGACUACCUGCAGUCCCCUCUCCAGCCACUCAUGGACAACUUGGAGUCUCAGACGUAUGAAGUGUUUGAGAAGGAUCCUAUUAAAUAUUCUCAGUACCAACAGGCUGUUUAUAAAUGUCUAAUCGACAGAGUUCCAGAUGAGCAGAAAGACACUAAUGUUCAGGUGUUGAUGGUGCUAGGAGCAGGCAGAGGUCCCCUGGUCAAUGCAUCGCUGCGUGCUGCCAGACUAGCAGACAGGAAGCUGAAGGUGUAUGCUGUGGAGAAAAAUCCCAAUGCUGUAAUCACGCUGGAGAACUGGCGCUUUGAGGAGUGGGGCGAUCAGGUGACCGUGGUGUCCUGCGACAUGCGGGAGUGGACUGCGCCUGAGAAAGCAGACAUCAUCGUCAGUGAGCUGCUUGGAUCGUUUGGUGACAAUGAACUUUCCCCCGAGUGCUUGGAUGGAGCGCAGCACUUCCUCAAAGAUGACGGCGUGAGCAUCCCCUGUUCCUACACGUCCUUCCUGGCUCCGCUGUCGUCCUCCAAGCUUUACAAUGAAGUACGGGGGUGCAGGGAGCGUGACAAGGACCCGGAGUGCCAUUUCGAGACACCGUACGUGGUGCGCCUCCAUAACUUCCACCAGCUGUCAGAGCCACAAGCCUGCUUCACCUUCACACACCCCACAAAAGACAUGAACAAUAACCGGUAUCAGUGCCUCAGAUUCCCAGUGCGUUGUAGUUCGGUACUCCACGGCUUUGCUGGCUACUUUGAGACCACACUGUACAAAGAUGUCACACUUAGUAUAAAACCAGAAACACAUUCACCUGGGAUGUUCUCCUGGUUCCCCAUCCUCUUCCCCCUCAAGCAACCCAUCCCCUUGUCCCGUGAUGAUGAUGUCACGGUGCAGUUCUGGCGCUGCAACAAUGGGAAAAAGGUGUGGUAUGAAUGGGCUGUGACUGAGCCCUCCUGCUCUGCCAUCCACAACCCAGCCGGACGCUCCUACACCAUCGGCCUGUGAACACAUCAGCACACUCGUCCACAGACGCACUCGCACAUGUUACUGUAACACCAGGUGGCGGCUAAAGUGAAGAGGGGGCCUAGCUCUUUAUAUUUUCACAGUUAAAACCUGGAAUAAAGUGCAGUCUGAGUUUUUGAAAGGAGCAGUUGAGUGCACUUAGCAGUCAAUGAAAAUGUUAAUGGGAUAAAAUGGAUUUCACAGUGUGUGGUUUUGAGUAGUCUGUUUCAGCAGACAUGGACUAUCUCCUGUUCAAAAAGUGUAUUGUUGCUGUGAGAGAUGAGGUCAAACCAUCGCCACCGUUUCUUAUUUUAAAGUCUGUUUUCUCCCACUGUUUUUAACCGGUCCUCUCUGAUACACACACUCAAUCCAACCAGACCUUUGCCUUAUCAAACACACAUUCCAUACCAAUACACACACACACACACACACUGAUGAAAUGCCCCAUUUCCUCAACACAAAGUGUGUCUGAGGAAUGUUAAGAGAUUCAGGUCCCAUACCAUGAUGUUUGAAGGCUGUCUGUUCAAACCUUUUGUUAUUCUGUUUGUGUAAGUUUGAAUCAUGUCAAUAAAGACAAUUCUGUAAUGUUA